GAACUUUCUUUUUCUCUCCUAUCGAGUUGUUUGCAUCCAUCCACCACCCGCGUAAAUCUGAGUCGAAGAAGCCGAAGCAGAGCUUUCGAAAAAGCUGGCUUAGACUCUGAAGCCGCUCAUGGUUGAGCUAAGACACUCGAGCAGCUCGCUCGGGAGCCGAGCCGCUUCUUCUCCGGUGAAACGCGACAAUGACGCCUCUCCUCUGAUCCACGAUCACUUCUCUCCGCACGCCGAGGAUCACCCUCGCCAUUCUUCAAGAGAUCGUGACCGUUCGUUUUGGUGGCAAAUCCACUCUUUUUUCUAUUCCUUUAAGGAUGAUCCUAGGUUUUCUCAACGCGGCUCCAGGAUCUCUCUUUUCGUGCUCAUUCUUGUCGCUAUUGUCGGAUUGAUCUCCAUUUUCUCGAUCUUGCAUCGAUUAAAUUCCCCGUAUUUAUGCAAAAAGGAUGGCAUUGUUCUGCACUGUCCGCGUGCUAAGGAGAAGCCUUCACUUUGGGAAAAUCCUUUCUCUGCAACUACUUCAUGGAAGCCAUGUGCUGAGCGCCGUGAAGGUGGAAUAUCAGAGCUUCCUCCCGAGAAUGAAACAAGCGGUUAUCUAUUCAUUCAUGCUGAGGGUGGUCUAAAUCAGCAAAGAAUUGCGAUAUGUAAUGCAGUGGCUGUGGCCAAAAUUCUGAAUGCCACUCUCAUCUUGCCAGUGCUGAAGCAGGACCAGAUUUGGAAAGACCAAACUAAAUUUGAAGACAUUUUUGAUGUUGAUCAUUUCAUUGACUACUUAAAGGAUGACGUGCGAAUUGUUCGUGACAUACCUGAGUGGUUUACUGACAAAUCAGAAUUGUUUACCAGCAUAAGACGGACAGUGAAGAACAUUCCAAAAUAUGCUCCAGCACAAUUUUACAUCGACAAUGUUCUGCCUCGGAUCAAAGAGAAGAAGAUAAUGUCCCUAAAACCUUUUGUUGAUAGACUUGGGUAUGAUAAUGUCUCUCCAGAAAUCAAUAGGUUAAGAUGCAGGGUCAAUUAUCAUGCUCUUAAAUUUCUUCCACAGAUAGAGGAAAUGUCAGAUUUGUUGUUCUCUAGAAUGAGGAACCGUUCGGGAAGUCCAAAUCCUUACAUGGCUUUACAUCUUAGGUUUGAGAAAGGGAUGGUGGGCCUAUCAUUCUGUGAUUUUGUUGGAACUAGGGAGGAGAAAGCUAGAAUGGCAGAAUACAGACAAAAAGAAUGGCCUCGAAGAUAUAAGAAUGGAACCCAUCUCUGGCAGUUGGCUCUGCAGAAGAGGAAGGAAGGUAGGUGUCCUCUAGAACCUGGGGAAGUGGCAGUGAUUCUUCGAGCAAUGGGCUAUCCAAAAGAAACACAGAUUUAUGUUGCUUCUGGCCAGGUUUAUGGUGGUCAGAAUCGGAUGGCACCCUUAAGGAACAUGUUCCCAAAUCUGGUUACCAAGGAAGAGUUAGCAAGUAAGGAGGAGUUGGCUGUUUUCAGGAAGCAUGUAACAAGCUUGGCAGCACUUGAUUUCUUGGUGUGUCUGAAGUCUGAUGUGUUCGUGAUGACACAUGGUGGCAACUUCGCCAAAUUGAUAAUCGGAGCAAGAAGGUACAUGGGUCAUCAACAAAAAUCCAUAAAACCAGACAAGGGGCUUAUGUCUAAAUCUUUUGGGGAUCCUUAUAUGGGCUGGGCAAAUUUUGUCGAGGACGUGGUUGUCACCCACCAGACACGAACCGGAUUGCCGGAAGAGACCUUCCCGAACUAUGAUCUCUGGGAGAACCCCCUGACACCUUGCAUGUGUAAAGGCUGAUAACAAAGGAAGGAAAAAAAACAAUAAAAUUGUUUUCCGGAAAAGAGGAGUGCCGACGGAGAUGGUUGAUUGGCCUAAUCGUAUCAGAACAGGGAUUCGUUAUUGACCUUGUAAGGGCUGCAGCUACCACCGGGACGCCCAGCAUAGCAGUUUUGCAUAUAGCCUCCAAAACUAAAACUAUUAGCAGAUUGAUUUUUGAACAUAUAUUUUGCCCUUUCUUUUUAUAUAUUGUCUUUAAUUUGUACCUUCUAAGCAUCAGGAUUCAGGUGUAAAAUAUUAUUGAAACUACCUAACUAGUUUCUGACCA